UUUCUUCAUCCCAUUUGGAUGAUUUACUUUUCCCACAUGUUUAUUUUGUCUCCUUUUUCUGUCCCUCUAGGAUGAGCUUGAACGUAUGUUUUUCGUUUGUCGGGCUCGGUCUACCAAAAUCAAUCGUGAUUGGUUUAAACAUCACACUAGACGCAGCCAGAUCGCAGACUCCUCGGAUGGCUUUCAUGAAAUCACGCUCAGCGACACUGCAAUCCACCAUCGUAGCUUCAACGGAGAGCACUAUGUAUUGUGUACCCCAUUUAAUCUAUGUGCAGCCCUCGAUAGAAGAAAAGCAGACGGCCAUCUCAGUGAUCGCUACCUAUGCUUACUUAGAGGACGAGCAAGCCAAGUGGACACCCGAUGGCUACCUGAUACCCGUACUCAGCAGAUGGGCUGCUACUAGAAAUGCCUUCUCAAUUCCACUGAAGAGAACAUGCGCUAAUGACACCUGCUUUCCUAAUCUAGUCAUAUCACCCAAAGCCGAAACGGAUUAUCUUGUAGCAGGCGAUAGUGGUGAAGCUUACAUCAGGGUUGAUGUAGAGAACCACGGCGAUGACUCCUUUUAUUCUACCCUUGAAAUUCACAUCCCUGAUGAGAUCAACUUCAGUAGACUAGAUCGAGCUGUUACGGAUUCCUUUGUGACGUGUUCGGUCACAAGACGACUGGUUGUAUGUAACAUAGGUAACCCUAUCAAGGCAGGUGGAAAGGUCAAUAUGCGAAUCUGUUUCCAAACUGAGGACCUAUCUGUGACAGAGCCCGAAAUUAUCUUCGCAAUGAUAGCCAAAAGCGGAGAUGAUGAGUUGAGACACCAUUCUGAUGACAACCAUGCCAACGUUUCGAUUCCUGUUAUUUCAUCAUCCAAUAUUACUCUUCGAGGGGAAGUUAACCCAGAGCUGUUGAUAUUCAAAGAGAAAGAUUAUCCUCUCGAUCGGGUGGUGGAGUUUCAAACCGACAUCGGUCCUCUUGUAACCUAUACCAUAUCGCUUAUAAAUAGAGGUCCAAGCCCUCUAGGUUCUACCGACCUUGUCAUCUCCUGGCCUACCUUCCCGGUCUUAGACGGUCAGCUUCUCUAUCCGGUCAGUGCCAAGAUGGACAAUGGUGGAGAUUGUUACGUCAUCAAUGGGCAAUGGAACGCAGAAAAUCUAACAACAAUAUUUGGAAACUACAACCGCGGCAGACGGCGUCGCCGAGAAAGUUCUACGCCAACGUCAUCAUCUCGACCGAGAACCGCGUCACCAUUAACCUCGUCCGAGCUGAAAUCACUCGCCUGUAGAUCGAGUUUAUCACCAUGUGAUAAGAUAGUGUGCGAUGUGGAUACGCUGGCCAGGGGAAGACAUUCUGAGAGGGACGAAGUGCUUGUCAUAGUAACGGCACGCCUUAGAACAGAUCUCUUAAUAAAGUACAAUAUAACAGGAUUCAAGCUGAUGACUCGUGUAGAAGCUUUAGUCAAAGAUAGCCUUCACCCCAGUACACCGUUUCGCAACUUACCAACAGGGGAAGUUCAGACCAAAUUAUUUCGGGAGCAUGGAUAA